AUGCGUGCGACUCAGGCUGUUUUCGCGCUUGCGCUUGCCGUCACCGCCAGUGCCAGCCCUGUUGGCCACCCAGGUAAGCCAGGUGGUCAUGCUGGCCCAGGGAAACCUGGCCCACCAAAGGGAGGAUGCAAGCCAGGACCCGACGAUGGAAAGUUUGACUACGAUGCCUUGAGUCUCCGUGAAGUUGGCGGGCGCAACACUCUGGAAUGGAGAGUUUGGCUCGAGCACAAGUGCCAGCCGAUCAGCUUCUGGCAUGAUGUGCCCCUCUACCCCGACGAGAGCGAGCCAGCUAUCGUCAAUGCUGUUGUCGAGAUCCCGAGAUGGGAGAAUGGCAAGAUUGAAAUCCGACGACCAGAGCCAUUGAACCCCAUCUUCCACGACGACCGCAACGACGCACCGCGCUUCGUCGAGUCAGUCUGGCCCCACAAGACAUACCCCUUCGUCUACGGCUCCAUCCCGCAGACGUGGGAGAACCCCAACGUCAACCACUCCUUCACCGAAGCGCCCGGCGACAACGACCCAAUCGAUUUCUUCGACAUCGGACAGGACGUUGGCUACGUCGGCCAAGUGAAGCAGGUCAAGAUCCUCGGCGGCCUGGCGCCCAACGACGGCGGCGAAACCGACUGGAAGGUCCUCGUCAUCGACGUUAACGACCCCAUCGCCGAGUUCAUCAAUGACUGGGAGGAUGUCGAGAAGUACCGGCCCGGCGUCACCCAGGCGUUCCGCGACUGGUUCACCUACUACAAGGUGGCACGCGGCGACGACCUCAUCCCCAUUGUCGGUGAGACCUACCAGAGCGCCUCGUACAUCAUCGACGAAGUCAUCCCCACCGGCCACCAGUACUGGAAGGACCUGAUCUCGGGCGAUGAGGACGCCGGCGAAGUCAACUUCAACCAGACUUCGUUCCCCGAAUACGAUAGCUACGUCGCGCCUGGCGAGACGACGCGUUCCUUCGAGCUGCCCCGAGAGUCUCGUCCGGAGCCGGCUGCGCCCAAGCCGUCCGAGUAUGAAGAGUGGUAUUAUCUGGAUGAGGAAUACCAGCUCAUCGACCAGGAGGCCGAGUAA